AUGACAUCAGGUUUAUGGCAGCCAGCAGAUCGCAGGCGUGCCAAACCCUUCCCCAACCCGCAUCUCCCCCAUUCCCCAUCCUGUCCCUUCUGUGCCGUAGCAGCCGCUCACCCCCCUUUCCCACCCUCCCGUUUGGACCUGCCAACCAACCUCCAGACAACCACGACACCCGAUUCAGGUCCACCGGAGCCACAGACGCACCUGAUCCUGUCGACAAAACAUGUCCUGGCAGUUCUGGACAUCAUGCCGCUGACACGGGGCCAUGUGCUUGUGGUUUCCAGAGGGCAUUACGAGAAGUUGGGGGAUGUAGGGGUUGAGGCGGGGAGCGAGCUAGGCAAAUGGUUAACGAUUCUCUCUCGGGUGGUGGUUAGGACGGUGUUGGGAACCGAGUUAGAUGCUCGUGGUGAAGAACAAGCUCAUUGGAAUGUUGUGCAAAAUAACGGAGCGAGAGCGUCACAAACAGUGCCCCACGUCCACUUCCAUAUUAUCCCAAGGCCGCCUUUGGAUGCGAGAACUCCCGCCAAGGGGGGCUGGAGGAUGUUUGGGCGUGGGCAGAGAGACGAACUGGACGACGACGAAGCGCAGGAAAUGGUAGCUCUAUUGAGGGCGGAAUUGGCGAAAGAGGUGAUCCGAGUUAAGGAAGAGGAGGGUGUUGACUUGGACCUUGACGGAUAUUUGGAGCAGUGGAUAGGGAGGGGGAUGGAGAAGUUGUGA